AUGUUCGGUCUGUGGGCUGUCAUCUCAGGGGUCUUUGGUUUGAUUUUGGACGUUGUUCAGUUCUGGAACCACAAAGUCUUCUCGUGGUGGCGAUCCAAGUCUCCGAAGAAACGACUCGUUCAUGCACUAGCUACGGCGCAGUCCUACGAGCAAUGGGAGGAAGCUGCAUUUGAGCUGGAUGAGCUGCUAAGCAAGGAUAUGUGGCGUCAAAAUCCAGCAAGUCGUCAUUACGACUAUCGACUCAUCCUCGGACGUCUGGAGGCAUUGAUGAAUGCCCGCGAGUCCGAGGAUAUUCUCACUCUUGUGAACCUGCUUCGAUCCGGUCUCGUGCGGAAUCUGGGCAACAUUACAUCCACCAAGCUCUUCACGCAUGCGUACGCGGGAACGAAACUUCUCAUCGACGACUACAUUACUCAGGUGGCCUUGUCGAUCCAAUAUGUAGCCUCACUCCAGCCAUUGCCGAUGCAAACGAGUGGAUUUACAUCGCAAGCGAAAUUGGAGCUUCUACACGAUACUCGACAAGCGUUUGGACGCACGACACUGUUACUCCAGGGCGGCUCGGCCUUCGGGGUAUGUCAUCUUGGGGUGGUCAAGGCUUUGCACUUGCAGGGUUUACUACCUCGGAUCAUCACGGGGACGGCGACAGGGGCGAUGAUUGCAGCGCUGGUGGGAAUUCGGACCGAGAGUGAAUUGCUGGCCAUGGUCGAUGGCAAUACUGUCGAUUUGUCGGCUUUUGAUGAGCGGCGGAAAAAGCACGCACGGGAGAGUUGGGUGUGGACAGGAGUGAGGAGAAUGACGCGGUUGCUCUUGAAGGGUCAUUUGUAUGAUAUGGAUCUGUUGGAGGAAUGUGUGCGGGCGAAUGUGGGUGAUUUGACGUUUGAAGAGGCGUAUGCCAGGUCAAAACGCAUCUUGAACAUUACCAUUGCGACGGCUGGGAAGACGGGGACGCCAAAUCUGUUGAAUUAUUUGACAGCACCGAAUGUGCUGAUCUGGUCUGCGGCCGCCGCAUCCAAUGCCUCGGCAGUGUCAUCCAUGUCCACCGGGACACCAGUCACCAUCUACUGCAAAGACGAAACUGGCUCUAUUGUCCCCUGGCCACACACCCAAGACGCCACCUUUCACCCCUGGAACCAAGUGCAUUAUCAUGACAGCGAAUCCCCCCUCACACGAAUUGCCGAACUCUUCAACGUCAACCACUUUAUCGUCUCUCAAGCACGGCCCUUCCUAGUCCCCUUCCUGCGCUCCGACCUCAACCUCCUCGACCGCCGCCAAACGGGCUGGAGCAACAUCACCCGCUCACUCACACGGCUUGCCCUCGCCGAACUACGCCACCGACUCCGUCAACUGGAUUAUCUCGGCUUCCUACCGGGCUCUUGCAGCCGUCUUCUCAUUGGGGAAACCAUUCCGGGCCCCAACUUGACCCUUGUCCCGGACCUGUCGGUUAGAGACUUUCUCAGGAUCUUCCAGCAGCCCACUCGGGCAAGAGUCAGUGAGUGGAUUUUGAAAGGCGAACGGGGCGUCUGGCCCGCAAUUAGCGCCUUGAAGGUGCGUGAGGCGAUUGAAAUUGAACUGGAUAGAGGGUAUCAGCUUGUUCGUCGACGACGGCCGAGUGAUGUCUCGGUGAAUGCGCAUACGAAUACGCGAUCGUUCCCUGGGAAGGCAAGUGGAAGCGAGGAGAUGAUGCGUCAGAGACGUCGGGGGAGUGGGAAUGAGAAUGAGCCUGAGCAUGAGCGUGAGAACGGGGCGGGUGGUUGA